CUUGCUUGUCUCGCCAUUAUCUCGCUCCGUGAAACCUGUAUAUACUUUAUGUUAAUAUGGAUACAUAUGCGGGUUGACUUUCCUGAAACUGGCUAGCUGACUGUUCUCCGAUGCGGAGGCGUUUGUAAGCCUUCCACGUUCUGUUUCAAAUGGCGCGCCCAGAUAGGCGCGUUAAUUUAGCGGUUGCCAGGACUAUCCCGCCAUUUCUAUUGUGCGUAUGUGUAUAUGCAUGCUAUAUUGUCACCAAGCCGUUAUGCAUUGACUACUUGAUCCGCCCUCUCCCUAAAUAUUCCCGAGGCAGUCGAGUUGGCGCUGGUAUAGCCAUUCUCGUUAUCUUCUACGUACUCAUCUUCGUCGUUAUAAUAACAUAUCUCCGGCUGUUGUAUAAUAUCACCCGCAACCCCGGCUUCCUCCCCCGAUCGUCCCCGCCGACGAAGGAACAGCAAGAAACGGAACCGUCGGAACGCCCUCAACGAAGGAAGAGAAAGCACCGGAGGACAAGAACUGCUGAGAAGCCAGAUAAGGCGGAUAUAGACAUCGAAAGAGGUGCAGACGGCAACGCUGACGGUGGUGCAAUUCCUUUGGAUAUUACCGGGUUGGAAAGUUUUUAUACAAAAGAUGUUUUUGUUUGCCAAGAGGAUGGGAGACCACUUUAUUGCUCGACAUGUUGUCGCUACAAGCCGGAUAGAGCACAUCACUGUCGAGAGGUAGACAGAUGUGUGCUUAAGAUGGACCACUUUUGUCCUUGGGUAGGAGGCGUGGUUUCCGAAACAUCGUUUAAAUUCUUCAUACAAUUCGUGUUUUAUACUCUGAUAUUCUGCGUAUUCAGUCUGAUAAUAUGCGCAACCUUUACGGCAGAGAUCCUCCAAGAUACUGGCGGAGCAAAUGUCCAUCUUGCCAUUGGUAUUGGAUUGAGCUCUCUCUUCGGGCUUUUCUCCUUCGGAAUGACUAUCAGCUCCUUACAGCUCGCGAUGUGGAAUCUGUCCACAAUUGAGAAUCUGAACCGUCGGUCUGCAGUCUGGACUCUGGCCAUACGCGUGCCAGAUCGUAUGCUGGCAAGGCUCAACCCCGAGUCACGAUGGGCACCCACCUUCCGCACCAUAACGUACCCACUGCCACCUGUGCCUCUAUCUCCUGAGGCAGCAAGAGAUUACCAGCCACCAGAGAAGCAGCACGUCUUUGCCAUUCUCCAAACCCUACCUGGCGAAAACCCUUUCGACCUCGGUAGCCCCUUCAAGAACCUCCAACAGGUCCUGGGGUAUUCCAUCAUCGACUGGUUUCUACCACUCAGACAAAGCCCAUGUGCAGACCGCACUACAGGGGACAGCUUCUACGAACUAGGACCGGUAGUGUCCCGCCUGAAAAAGGAGGCCGGACUAAACCCUCCACCCGAACCCCAACCCACUACACAGAAUGACACCGAAAGAAAACACAAGCGAAGACGAAGUUCACAUAGACAAUCGCAAGAGUGAC